AUGUAUUUAACAUUCAGCAUUGUCGUGCUAGCUGUCGCGGCUAUCUGGGCAUUACGCGUGCAUGAAGUAUUCCUUUUGCUUGUGCCCAUUUUACGAGUUAUUCAACCUAUUGAAGAUUUUCCGUACGAAUGCGAACGCCUUCAACACCCUUCUGUGGAAGGCUGUGAAGAUAUUUGGCUAGAUCAUACUGAUCGGAAAUUGUAUGCUGCAUGUGCGAGCAUUCCUGUUCGAACGGGAUGGAGUCCAGGCGGCGACCUCUUUAAUGUUUCAGCAAGAGAUCGAGCCGAUCAUAUUUCCGUGAUAGAUAUCGAUCAACCCGGAUCCGAGGGCAUGUAUGGGCUUCGUCAUUUGAAGAUCGGAAGCGGGUAUCAAGGAGAUUUGGAUUUGCAUGGAUUCGACGUCCGCAAGGUCGGGAAUCGAUUGCGAUUCUGGCUGAUCAACCACAGACCACCAGUAAGCCCUGAGACGGGGGAGCCAAUGAAUGCAUCCAAAGUUGGGGCCAAUUCAACAAUCGAGAUCUUUGACUUGGAUUCGACGUCAGAGACAUUGGAACACGUGAAAACUAUAGUCAGCGAUGCGAUCAUAACACCUAACGAUCUGGCCGUCGACGAAGAUGGUGUCGGUUUCGCUGUCACAAAUGACCAUACAGCUAAAGCUGGACUCUCUCGAGUUUGGGAAUUAUUUGCCGGCGGUGGAAGUAUAAGCUACUGUCAAACAGACUCCGGGAAAUGCCAUGUGGCUGUACGGGAAGGCUGCAAUAUGCCCAACGGAAUUGUCAACAUCGACAAGGGGAUCUUUGCUGUUACCCAUUCCGGACUGGGUAUUGUAGCCAGCUAUAAAAUAAAAGGCGAUGAGAUUAUCAAACUCACUGAGUUGGAUCUCCAAAUGCCUCUUGACAAUAUGUCACUUGAUGAUGAAGGCAAUGUUUUUGUCGCGGGGUUUCCCAAUGGCCUUUACAUGCUCAAGGCGAUGAAAAGCCCUUACACGGUCACUGUACCAGCUACAACAUUCAAGAUUCCCCAGCAAGCACUUACCAAAAGUGGAAAUGGCGAAGACCCCGAGUCCUCAAUCGUCAAGAUUCUGGAAGAUCGAGAUGGCAAGAAAUUGCCAUCCACCACAGUAGUUGUGCAUGAUGCAAAGACCGAACGUUUUUUCCUUGCUGGAGUCAUUUCGCCUUCCAUCGGCAUAUGUACGAAGAAGCAAAUAUGA